AUGGCCGAACCACCUCUCAGAAUUGUGCCUGAAGUUGCUAAGCCGGACUUCGAUGUUAGUGGGAGCGAAACGAACUUAACUAGCAAACCUCACCAAAGAUUUGGAGCGCGUGAGGGCGUUACCUUUGAUGUGGCGGGCCUGGAAUCGUAUUACAAGCCAAUUGACACGUAUGAGGGUAGGCACAGAUACGACCCUAAGUUUGAGUGGGAAUCAGAGGAAGAGAGAAAGAUUGUGAGGAAGGCAAGUAUUGAUAAGAGGAUAUGCACCUUUGUGUGUCUUUGCUUCUUUGCGCUCCAAUUAGAUCGUGGCAACAUCUCUCAAGCCUUGAGUGAUAACAUGCUCAAAGACCUGAAAAUGAAUACAAACGACUACAAUUAUGGCCAGACAAUAUUCUACCUCUGCUUUCUCUUCGCAGAGCUUCCUUCGCAGCUUAUCAGCAAGAAACUUGGUCCGGACAACUGGAUCCCAAUUCAAAUGCAAGUGAGCGAUGACGUCAUAAUGGUGUCUUGGAGUCUUGUUGCCAGUAUGCAAGCUUUCUUAAGUGGUCGAAAAUCCUUUUUUGCUUGCCGAGUGCUCUUAGGUCUCUUCGAGGGUGGGUUCAUUCCAGACAAUAUACUUUACCUAAGCUACUUCUACACGGGGUGGGAACUGCCGGCGAGAUUGAGCUGGUUCUGGGUGUCCUACCAAUCAACUCAAAUUGUUUCAGCGUUCUUCGCUUAUGGAAUAUUGCAUCUUAGGGACUACAAUGGGAUGGAAGGUUGGCGGUGGCUAUUCGCCCUUGAAGGAAUGCUGACCGGAGUCAUUGGCAUCUUCGCUUGGUUUUACCUCCCUCCAUCACCAACUCAGACUGCUAGCCGGUUCCGCGGGAAGGACGGAUGGUUCAAUGAGCGAGAGGAGAAGAUCAUGGUCAACCGUAUCCUUCGAGAUGAUCCUUCUAAAGGCGAUAUGCACAAUCGCCAAGCACUCUCUUUCACCAUGAUUUGGGAGUGUCUCAAUGACUACCAUAUGUGGCCCAUCUACCUCCUUGGGCUCUCAUGGUUGAUUCCAUCAACACCUAUGACCGCUUAUCUGACCCUUCAAUUGAAAGCAAUUGGCUUCAAUACUUUUCAAACCAAUUUACUCACGAUUCCUGCGUAUGUGCUCUUCAUUUUCCAACUCCUGUUCUGGACAUGGCUCUCCGAGAGACAGAACUCCCGGUUCCUCACUGGCCUGGCUUCCCAGAUAUGGGCUAUGCCCCUCCUUAUUGCUCUAGAACUCAUCCCCAAUCGUGCUUCCGCAUGGGCUAAAUGGACCAUUUCCACUCUACUAGUCGGCCACCCAUACGUUCACGCCAUACUUGUAGCCAUAACAUCUCGCAAUGCAGGUACCGUUAGAACGCGCACCGUCGCAUCAGCAUUGUACAAUAUGUGCGUACAAGCGAGCAACAUCAUUUCUCAGAACAUUUACCGUGACGACGAUAAGCCGAUGUAUAGGAGAGGCAAUAAAGUUUUGAUUGCAAUUUGCUCAUACAAUUUUGUAUUAUUUGUUGGGACGAAGUUGUAUUAUGUGAGGCUUAAUAGAAAGAGGGAGAAGAUUUGGAUUGAGAUGAGUGAGGAAGAGAAGGAAACCUAUUUGGAGACGACAAAGGACAGGGGGAAUAAGAGGCUAGACUUUCGGUUUGCGCACUAA